UUGCCCUUCUCAAAAAUGGCUACUUCAGUGCUUCUGGAAGAGAACCGCUCUGGGCCCCUCCUUUGAUCUCGUUGGUGGGGCUGGGGGAUGAGAGCUGCACCGCGCGGGACAAGUCGCCGGCGGCGCCUGACGGAGCAGAAGAGGCGAGAGCAUGGAGCUGGAGAGGAUUGUCAGUGCAGCCCUCCUUGCUUUUGUCCAGACGCACCUCCCAGAGGCUGACUUCAGUGGCUUGGAUGAGGUCAUCUUCUCCUAUGUACUCGGUGUCCUGGAGGACCUGGGCCCCUCGGGCCCGUCGGAGGAGAACUUCGAUAUGGAGGCCUUCACUGAGAUGAUGGAGGCCUAUGUGCCUGGCUUUGCCCACAUCCCAAGGAAUACAAUAGGGGACAUGAUGCAGAAACUCUCAGGGCAGUUGAGUGGUGCCAGGAACAAAGAGAACCUGCAACCACAGAGCUCUGAGGUCCAAGGUCAGGUGCCCAUCUCCUCAGAACCCCUGCAGCGGCCUGAAAAGCUCAAAGAAGAGACCAGGGCUUCUGCUGCUGGGGACACCCAAGAUGAGGCAGCUAGUGCUGAGGAGGAGCUGCUGCCAGGGGUGGAUGUACUCUUGGAAGUGUUCCCUACCUGUUCGGUGGAGCAGGCCCAGUGGGUGCUGGCCAAAGCUCGGGGGGACUUGGAAGAAGCUGUGCAGAUGCUGGUAGAGGGGAAGGAGGAGGGGCCUACAGCCUGGGAUGGCUCCAAUCAGGACCUGCCCAGGCGCCUCAGAGGCCCCCAAAAGGAUGAGCUGAAGUCCUUCAUUCUGCAGAAGUACAUGAUGGUGGAUAGCGCAGAGGAUCAGAAGAUUCACCGGCCCAUGGCUCCCAAGGAGGCUCCCAAGAAGUUAAUCCGAUACAUUGACAACCAGGUAGUGAGCACCAAGGGGGAGCGAUUCAAAGAUGUGCGGAACCCUGAGGCCGAGGAGAUGAAGGCCACAUACAUCAACCUCAAGCCGGCCAGAAAAUACCGCUUCCACUGAGGCGUUCGGUGGACUCUGCUAGAGCCUUCUAGGCUCAGAUCCCAGAGGGAUGCAGGAGCCCUACACCCCCACACAGGGCCCGCCCUAACUCCUGACUCCUUCUCUUACCUCCUUGCCCCAGUGUAACCUCCUCUUGGAGCUGCCCAUGGGCACAGUAAAGGUGGCCCCAGGAAGAUGA